UUCAGAGGUAACCCGUGCGUGACCCAACAGUGACCUCCCGUGUGUAUAUAUACAUCUGUGUGUCGCUGUAUUUCCGAUCAUUGCCGUGCGUUCUCCGGCACAGUAAAACCUACUGAUCGUUCCUCUGUCGACUUUGAAUUACACCAGUCAUGUCUGACAUAGUACUUUAUCACUUCGAGCCUUCGUUUUUCUCUCAGCGGGUUCGUAUGGCACUUGCGGAAAAGGGUCUGCCAUACACGAAGAAGACGGUCAGUAUCGCAAAGGGUCAUGGGAUAUCACCUUGGUAUAUGAAAUUGAACAAAAAGGGCCAGGUGCCAACACUAGGGCAUGGUGACAAGAUUAUUGUCGAAUCAGAGAAAAUAGUGGAGUAUCUAGACGAAACAUUCCCGGACAAGGGCGAACGUUGCGAAUACUUCAAACGAUUAGCAGACCAAUUUGACAACUGGACCGUGCAUAUAUGCGUUCCCUUUUACCCCAGUGUUGCCGGAGCCUCUUCCCGCAAGGUCACCUUCAGAAAACCAAUGCUGCAACGCAUCUGGAAAUCAAGAAGAGAGGUUCUGCCGGGCAAGUGCGAACAGUACGCAGCACAGUAUCCGGAACUAAAAGACGCUUACUACAAGAAGAAGGCGGAAUUCGAUAUCAUGCCAGAGCAACCAGAAGUGGAAAAAAUGAAGGAGGUCCUGACAACUACUGAAGACAUCAUGACUAAGAUGGAGCAAGAACUGGGACAGAUUGAAGAGAAACACGGUAAAGACUUUUGGCUUUGCGGAGAGAGGUUCACAGUCGCUGACAUAUACUGGGCCGUGGUGUUCUACCGCCUCGAAGACGACGCUCUCGCUGAACGGUUCUGGGGAAAGGGAAAGCGCCCUCGCAUUGCUGCAUAUUUCCAGCGCUUGAAAGCGCGUGACAGCUACUACCAGUCCCUUCCCUCUCGACUCGUUAUCAUAGCGGGCGUACUCAAGGACAAGUUGCCAGUUCUUUUGGGAAUAAUUGUUCUGUUUAUCGGUGUUGUUGUAGCUUUAAGUUUAGCAAUGUAGCGGCGAAUUCGACACAAAACACUGCAAGGCGCAUUAUUUUGAGGAAACUGCUUUUUAUUUUAUUUAUAAUUGUCAUUGAAAAACAACAUA